CUCCAUGGAUUCUGCUACAUUGAUCUGUAGACGAUCUAUACCAACCUUUUUUUCUGAGAUUCAUAUAUAUUCAAUUUUGGUAGUUAGAACUUAUCUAAAUAUAAAGACAAUCUUUAGUGGUAAACGACAAGAGUACUUCUGAAUAUUCCUGAAUCUUUAGACUCUCUUUUUAAUUGGGAUACUAACUUACAGUCUGACCAAGUUUCGAGAGGCUUUCUUACAAAACUAUUGGAAUAUAGUACUACAAAAAUCUGGUGUAUUAUUUGCAUACAAACUAUUGAAAUAGAUCUGUUUGGUAUAAAUACACAAUAUGAGUGGAGCUUCCUUUAAUUGUCUAAGUGCUUUGUCGCAUACUCUUCAAAAACAAAUCACAUCUAAGCGUGUUUCCGUUGGCGUUAUUGGCUCUGGUAAUUGGGGUACUGCCAUCGCCAAAAUAUGUGGAGAAAAUGCUAAAGCUCAUCCGGACUUGUUUAAUCCUCAGGUUCACAUGUGGAUGUAUGAAGAAAAUAUUGAUCACCAUGGCGAAACCCGCAAACUUACGGAUGUAUUCAACUCGACUCAUGAAAAUGUGAAGUAUUUGAAGGGUAUUCAAUGUCCCUCUAAUGUAUACGCUAACCCCGAUAUCCGUGAUGUUGGAGCCAGAAGUGAUAUCCUUGUAUGGGUUCUUCCACAUCAAUUCGUUGUACGAGUCUGCGAUCAAUUAAAAGGCUAUUUGAAAAAAGAUGCCGUUGCUAUUUCUUGUAUCAAAGGAAUAUCAGUCAACGCUGACCAUGUUUGUCUUUUCUCAGACAUCAUUCAAGAACGUACAGGUAUGUACUGUGGUGUUCUUUCCGGAGCCAAUAUUGCAAGCGAGGUAGCAAAGGAAAAAUUCUGUGAAACUACUAUUGGAUAUGAUCCUGACAGAUCUGUCAAUCCUUUGUAUACUGCCGAAACCAUACAUUCUUUGUUCAACCGACCCUAUUUCCGUGUUCAGAUUGUUAAAGACGUUCCAGGUGUAGCCUUAGGUGGUGCAUUGAAGAAUAUUGUUGCAGUUGCUGCUGGUAUCAUUGAUGGACUUGAACUGGGUGAUAAUACAAAAUCCGCCAUUAUGAGAAUUGGUCUAGCAGAAAUGCAAAAGUUUGGAGCCAUGUUCUUUGAUUGUGAUCGUCUUACUAUGAGUGAACAAUCUUGUGGUAUUGCUGACUUGAUCACUACUUGUCUUGGUGGUCGGAACCGUAAAUGUGCUGUUGCAUUUGCUAAAACUGGUAAGCCUAUGCAUGUAUUAGAAAAGGAACUUCUUAAUGGCCAAAAGUUACAGGGUGCUACUACUGCUAAGGAAGUUCACGAAUUUUUGGAUCAUCAGAAUAAGGUGGAUGAGUUUCCCCUUUUUAAAGCCGUGUAUGACAUUGUCUAUGAGGGCUUACCUGCCAAUAAAUUGCUAGAAGCUAUUUAAAUCUCUAAGCAUCGUUUGAUGAGGUUUUUUUGAUAUUUUUUAGUUUCAUAUUACGUCCUGCUGGUGAAUUUGGACUUAGACUCGAAACUUUAAUCUGUAUCAAAUUGCGAAACUAAUUUUGAAAAUAAAAAAAGUCGAGUUUUGAGUUGAUUCUGUUCCCCUUGUGUAAGCUUACUACUAAUGCUGGUUUUAAUUCUUCGCGUCCAUCGUAACUUUUGGUUAUUAAUAUAGUUAAAAUAGAAGUUAUUGUUUUAAACAGUGUUUUAAGAAUACCAUUUACCUA